AUGUCUGAAGUAGGCGAGGAAGACAUCAUCGAAGACGACGUCGAGGACCUGCCCGACGAGGACGACGAGGAAGGCGAAGAUCUCUUCGGCGUCAACAUGGACAGAGAUUACAACCAACGACUCGAGCUCGACACCUACGAAGUCGAGGAAGGUGAUGAUGAAGAUCUUGAGGAGAUGUCACUUGCAGAGAGGAGAAGGGUUGAGGCCAGGUUGAGGCAGCGUGAUCGGGAGCUUGCGAGGCAGCAGGGUGGUGCGCGGAAGCCUGCUGCAUUCUUGUUGGAUGAUGAGGAUGACGAGCCGGACUUCUCGAUGAAACCCCGUAGAAGACGGCAUUACGACGAGCUUCCCGACGCCGGAAUGGACGACGACUUUCUCUCUGAGGAACUCUCUCUCGAGGCUUUGGGCGACGUGAAAGCUGACUCUAUCUCCGACUGGGUCGCAAACGAUUCAGUUGCUCGCUCUAUCGCCCGCGAAUUCAAGAACUUCUUGCUCGAAUACACCGAUGAAGGCGGAGAAUCCGUCUACGGUAACCGCAUCAAGACCCUCGGUGAACAGAACUCGGAGUCCCUCGAGAUCAGCUACCGCCACCUCGCACAAACGAAAUCUAUUUUGGCUUACUUCUUGGCUAACUCGCCCGCGGACAUGCUUAAGAUCUUCGACAACGUCGCAUUGGAGGCUACCCUCCUCUUCUACCCCGAAUACGAGCGUAUUCAUUCUGAAAUCCAUGUUCGCGUGUCUGAUCUUCCGACUUCGUUCACCCUCCGCGAACUCCGUCAGUCGCACCUAAACUCUCUCGUCCGUGUUUCUGGUGUCGUGACACGCCGCACGGGUGUCUUCCCCCAGCUCAAGUACGUUAAGUUUGACUGUGCUAAGUGUGGUGCCGUACUCGGUCCUUUCUACCAAGACGCAAAUGUAGAAAUCAAGGUCGGAUACUGUCAGAACUGUCAGUCCAAAGGUCCGUUUACGGUCAACUCGGAGAAGACGGUCUACAGGAACUACCAGAAGAUGACUCUUCAGGAAUCUCCAGGGACGGUUCCAGCUGGACGUUUGCCAAGACAUAGGGAGAUCAUUCUUUUGUGGGAUUUGAUUGAUCAGGCGAAGCCCGGUGAGGAGGUCGAGGUUACCGGUAUCUACAGGAACAACUUCGACGCCUCACUGAAUACGAAGAACGGAUUCCCCGUCUUCGCGACGAUUAUCGAGGCGAACCACAUCUCGAAGGCGCAGGAUCAAUUCGCCGCUUUCCGCCUCACCGAAGAAGACAAGCAAGCCAUCAAAAAGCUGUCAAAGGACCCCAAGAUCGGUCAACGCCUCAUCAAGUCCAUCGCACCCUCAAUCUACGGCCACAACGACAUCAAAACCGCAAUCGCGCUCUCCCUCUUCGGUGGUGUCCCCAAAGACAUCGGCGGAAAACAUUCGAUCCGUGGAGAUAUCAACAUCCUCCUCCUCGGUGACCCUGGAACCGCAAAAUCUCAGUUCCUCAAAUACGUCGAGAAGACUGCACACCGGGCUGUGUUUACCACUGGUCAGGGUGCGAGUGCGGUUGGUUUGACGGCGAGCGUGAGGAAGGAUCCGUUGACGAGGGAGUGGACGCUUGAGGGUGGUGCGUUGGUGUUGGCUGAUAAGGGUGUUUGCUUGAUUGAUGAGUUUGACAAGAUGAACGAUCAGGAUCGUGUAUCUAUUCACGAAGCUAUGGAACAACAGUCCAUUUCCAUCUCCAAGGCGGGUAUCGUUACUACGCUCCAGGCUCGCUGUACGAUCAUGGCUGCUGCCAACCCUAUCGGUGGACGAUACAAUGCUACCAUCCCGUUCGCUCAGAACGUCGAGUUGACCGAGCCAAUUUUGUCCCGUUUCGAUGUGUUGUGUGUCGUCAAGGACACCGUCGACCCCGAGAUCGACUCCAUGCUCGCCCGCUUCGUCGUCGGCUCUCACUUGCGUUCGCAUCCCGAGUUCACCAUGGAAGCCGAUGGUAGUUCUCUUCCUGCCGAAAAUAGAAGCAACACCACCGAUGCCGGCGAUGUCAUUCCUCAGAAUCUGUUGAAGAAGUACAUCAUGUACGCCAAAGAAACAAUCCAACCCCGUCUCUACCAAAUGGAUCAAGACAAAAUUUCCCGUCUCUACAGCGAUAUGCGUAGGGAAUCUCUCGCCACAGGUUCCUACCCUAUUACCGUUCGUCACCUCGAGUCCGUCAUCCGUCUUUCUGAGGCACAUGCAAAGAUGCACUUGAGAGCGUAUGUUACGAGUGAUGAUAUUGAUGCAGCAAUUAGGGUUACUGUUGAGAGUUUCAUUAGUGCGCAGAAGAUGAGCGUGAAGAAGAGUUUGGCGAGAGCGUUUGCGAAGUAUACGUUGCCGAAGACUACGCCGCAGGUGCAGGCUUGA